AUGGAUUACCAGAAAUUUGGUUCCAUUCUUCUUCUGGCCGUUGAAAUUCCAGGCAAGAGGAUGGGCCAGUGCUCCAGUCAGUCCAUGAAGAAAGACGAGCUGGAAGAAUACCAGGUCAACCCAUUCAGGGACAGAAUCUGCAAGGUGUUCUCCACAGACGGCUACUUCACAUUUGAGGACAUCCUUGGGAUGGCAUCUGUCUUCAGUGACCUGGCAUGUCCCAUCCUUAAGAUAGAGUAUGCUUUCCGGAUAUACGAUUUCAACGAGGACGGCUUCAUCGAUGAGGAAGACCUUCAAAAUGUCAUCCGUCGAUUGCUCAACAGUGAAAACAUCAGAGAGGAAGUGAUUGUGUCCAUGGCCAACCGUGUGCUGAAGGACGCUGACUUGGAUAAUGACAAAAUGCUCUCUGCGACGGAGUUUGAACAUGCCAUGAACCUGUGUCCGGACUUCCUAGAGUAA